CCCUCCUCCCAAAUCAUGGCCUCCCCCAAGCUCGCAUCAAUCGCUCUCCUUCUCACUAUCUUCAACCUCAUGAUCAACACUUCCCACUCUGUUUCUCCAACCUCAAGCCCAGCUCCCGCCCCCACUCCGGCCGCCGCCAGAGCACCAUCCGCCGCGCCGCGACAAUCCACCCCUUCACCGCCAGGAAUAAUCAGAGCAGCUUACUGGGAAUCCUUCUCCGAUUUCCCUCCCUCCGCCAUCAACACCUCCCACUUCACUCAUGUCUACUACGCCUUCCUCUUACCCGAACCCACCACAUACAAACUCAACAUCACCCAAUCCGACGAAAUACUGCUUCCCCAAUUCACCUCUGCCCUCUCAGAGAAAAACCCACCAGUGAAAACUCUGCUCUCCAUCGGCGGCGCGUUCCCUCCUUCUGUCGCCCAGGUGUUCGCCGAAAUGUCCCAAUCAACGAAAUCCCGCGCCGUGUUCAUCUGGUCGGCGAUUCGAGUCGCAAGGAAGUACGGAUUCGACGGCCUGGACAUUGAUUGGGAGUACCCGGCGAGCGAACGAGAGAUGCGCGAUUUCGGUCGGCUGCUGAAGCAAUGCCGGCAGACUCUGGCUCUCGAAGCCGCCGUCAUGGGGAAGCCACGGCUGCUUUUAACGGGCGCGGUGUAUUACUCGGCGAGAAUGGAGAACUCUGGGCCGGCCCGCACUUAUCCGGGCCCGGAAAUGAACAAGUACAUGGACUGGGUCAACCCGAUGACGUACGAUUACCAUGGAUCGUGGGAGAAUUUUACUGGGCCGAACGCGGCCCUGUUCGAUCCAAAUGGUAAGUUGAGCACCGAAUACGGGAUCGGUUCGUGGCUCGAAGCUGGUGUGUCGGCCCAAAAGUUGGUGAUGGGCUUGCCAUUGUACGGCCGGACUUGGGUUCUGGAGGAUCCGUCGGAUCACGGGAUUGGGUCGAAGGCUCUCGCUCCGGGCCCAGGUGAAGGGGUUUUAGGGUACGACGCCGUUCGUGAGUGGAACGCAGCGAACAAGGCGAGCGUCGUUUAUGACGGGGAGUCGGUGUCGUAUUACUCGGUGGCGAACGGUUCUUGGGUUGGGUACGAUGACCAGAUGUCCAUUGAUUUGAAGAUCCAGUAUGCCCGGAUGAAGGGCCUUGGUGGAUACUUCUUUUGGGCCCUUGGGCAGAAUCGGAACUUUGCUAUCCCAAAAUUAGGUCUUCAAGUGCUUGGGAAACCUGAAGGAAUUAACAACUUCUAAAUCGAUAGUUGUCACAAUGUCCAUUUAGUUAUCUCAAAUCAAUUUAUUUUUCUUUUGUCAAUGUUAAUUAUAUCUAGUUUCGUGUAAUAAGAUUAUGGUUUGGAAUGUCUGGACCGUUGAUGUUUGCUCUCGCA